AUGGAGCUUGGAUGGAGUAUUUUCACCGGAAACUCUUCUGUGAUUAUUCGUUUUCAGUUUCAAUUCUCUGGCACUGGCUUGGCGUUGAGGGGCGGCGCAAGGAGAGUGAUUUCCAUUUUACCUAAAUACCAACGAGACCACGGCACUCUAUCUGAACCUCUGCACCUUCUCACAUCACCGCUCACAUACAGCAACCGGACAGAAGCAGACAAGUUCCAGAAAUGCCUGAGAGAGAAGAGAUUACUUCAACCAGUUCCACCAAGCUACAGUUCGUCUCACCCCAAAGGGACAGAUCCAGCAUGGACAGUUACGGGAGUGAGGGAUGUAAGGCACCUGUCUGAGAAAGUAAGGAAACAUGAGAACACCAGGGCACAUAUGGAUAAUUCAGUCCAGCUAACGUUAGCCACAUUAGGCAGAAUGAACAUCGCUACGCAGCUGGAUGAUGGCCACAGGAUUGCAGUGAGGAAACACAGUGAGGAGCUGACAUGUGAAAGCAUGGGAGACUGACUUUGAUGACCUAGCAAGCCAGCUAUCUACAAAGGAUCCAAAAAGCAACACGGGAGGAGGACCGGCAGCAGGAGGAUCGUCCCUUUGGCCCGGAGAAGAUUUUGUUUCAUUGAAAUUUUUUCUAUUUUCAAAAAGUUAACAUUCAAUCAUGUAAACUCUCCAUGUAAAUCUAAGACAGAUUUCCCAAAACAUUCUGGGGUUAAAAGACAGCUUCGAAAUACUAAUAAACUGUGACAAAAUUGAACUUUUUAAUCAAGUAAUGAAAUUAAGUAUUGACACAGAAUAUCCAGGUAGACCUAUGCAGUAUUUACCACUUAAGAAAGAAAAAGGGAGGAAAGGACAAUAUGUAUUUGCUGUUGUUUCAAUAAAAAUGGUAAAUGUAGGAUUUUUCCUGAGGUUUAUGGAAACAAGAAGAGCAAGAAUUCUGCUUCUCCUUCCACUGAAGUUACAAAACACAGUGAGAUAAUUUAAAUUUGAUAAAUUGAUGAAUUUCUAUAGAACAAUUAAACCAAAACGCAAAGAAAUGUCAUGUAUACACUCAAUAGCCCAUGUUUGAUGAGUGGAAAAAAUUGUGUCUCUUGUAUGUUUAAACUUUCAUCAAUGGCAAAGUAAAUAUGGAUUUUCUACUGAUGUGAUAUUCACAAAGUUUUGGGGACUAGGUGGUCCGGAGUUUUUUAAGGAUCUCACAUAUUCCAACAUUUCAAGUCCCAGCAGCUAUUUUUAUCCAUAUAUUGAAACAUGCAAGACAAUCCCCUUCAAAUUGGACAGUAAAGAUUUCAGAAACAAUGUUAGAAAAAGUGGUAUGUACAAGAUAAUCUCGAAUGUUGAAGUCAGAGAUAGAAAAAAAAUAGAUAAAGAUAUUAAAUCGGCUCUCCAGGAUCUUGUGAAAGAAAGUCCAUUUGGUCUGAGAAAAGAACAUCUGGAACAUGGAGUGAAAAUGAUUUCUUCGUUUGAGAAAAUUUUAAAUUUUGACAAAGACCUGGAAUGAAAUGGUCACCAAUAGUUCAAUGUCACCCAUAAGAGAAAAAAUAACCACAGAUUUGCACUGCAGUAGUUUUUCUUUUGCUAAAAAAGCUUAAGUCAACUUUGGGGAACAGCAGCCCUUUACGGCUUCACCGUGUCCCUCACAACUGGUUCAGAGAAUAUGUUGAAUUGAUUGAAAUACUUUUUUUGUAAUUAGAGCUAUAAUUACUGUUGUACUCAAGUCUAUCUUUUGUCUGGAUCUUUGUUGUCUGCUCUGUCCUGAGCUCUUGGCAAUAAAAAAAUUACAUUGAG